UAAGAAGCUAAGUGAACAUCUCCAUGUGAAAAUAUUAACAGCAUACUAUAAUUUACGUUGAAACGAAGGUGUCUAAUCCUGCAGAAAAAUGGCAACAGUUCGGAAAAAGGUGGACAACCGAAUUCGUGUCCAAAUAGAAAACGGGGUCGCUCUCCAACAUCGGACCAUGUUCGUUGUGGUUGGCGAUCACGGUAAAGAUCAGGUUGUCAUUCUACAUCACAUGCUCUCCAAAGCGAGUGUGCGUGCCCGACCUUCGGUGUUAUGGUGCUACAAGAAGGAGCUCGGCUUUAGCAGUAACCGUAAGAAGCGAAUGCGGCAGCUGCAGAAGAAGAUCAAAACUGGCACUCUGAACCUGAAGCAGGAUGACCCCUUUGAGCUGUUCAUCGCUGCCACCAACAUCCGUUACUGCUACUACAACGAAACCCACAAGAUCCUGGGCAACACAUAUGGAAUGUGUGUUCUACAGGACUUUGAGGCUCUUACACCCAACCUCUUGGCAAGAACCAUUGAGACAGUGGAGGGUGGAGGUAUUGUGGUUAUCCUGUUACGGACAAUGACUUCCCUAAAGCAGCUCUACACUAUGACCAUGGACGUGCAUUCUCGCUAUAGGACAGAGGCUCACCAGGAUGUUGUGGGGAGGUUUAAUGAGAGAUUCAUCUUGUCUCUGGCCUCCUGUAAAACCUGUGUCGUCAUCGACGACCAGCUAAAUGUCCUGCCCAUCUCCAGCCACAUCACCAACAUUAAACCUGUUCCACCCAAGUCACAGGAGGAUGGUCCGUCUCCACGGGAACAGGAGCUUAAGGAUCUGAAGGAGUCUUUACAGGACACUCAACCUGUUGGGGUUUUGGUGGACUGCUGUAAGACCAUGGACCAGGCCAAAGCGGUGCUGAAGUUCAUCGAGGCCAUCUCAGAGAAGACAUUGCGCAGCACGGUGGCGCUGACUGCUGCCCGUGGUCGUGGCAAAUCUGCUGCUCUUGGCCUGGCCAUUGCUGGCGCUGUUGCAUUUGGUUACUCCAACAUUUUUGUGACGUCUCCUAGCCCCGACAAUCUGCACACAUUGUUUGAAUUCAUCUUCAAAGGCUUUGAUGCUCUCCAGUAUCAGGAGCACUUGGACUAUGAGAUCAUUCAGUCUCUGAACCCAGAGUUCAGUAAAGCUGUGGUGCGGGUUAACAUCUUUAAGGAGCAUCGACAGACCAUACAGUACAUCCACCCUGCUGAUGCAGUGAAGUUAGGCCAGGCAGAGCUACUGGUCAUUGAUGAGGCUGCUGCCAUCCCUCUGCCCCUGGUAAAGAAACUGCUGGGCCCUUACUUAGUCUUCAUGGCAUCCACUAUCAACGGUUAUGAAGGCACUGGUCGCUCUCUGUCACUGAAACUCAUCCAGCAGCUGAGGCAGCAGAGUGCAGACAGUCAGCAGAACCUCUCCGCCGAAAACCGCAACACCAGCACGGCCAGACUGGCCUCAGCACGUACUCUGCACGAGGUGUCUCUCCAGGAGUCCAUCCGUUACGCCCCUGGAGACCCUGUAGAGAAGUGGUUGAAUGAGCUGCUGUGUCUGGACUGCCUGAGUAUUCCUCGCAUCAUCUCCGGCUGCCCUCUGCCCCAGACCUGUGAGCUUUAUUAUGUGAACAGAGACACUUUGUUCUGUUACCAUAAGGCCUCUGAGACCUUCCUUCAGCGGCUCAUGGCUCUCUAUGUGGCAUCGCAUUACAAGAAUUCACCCAAUGACCUUCAGAUGCUGUCGGAUGCCCCUGCUCACCAUCUCUUCUGUCUGCUGCCUCCUGUCCCCCCUACCCAGAAUGCCUUGCCUGAGGUCUUGGCUGUAGUGCAGGUGUGUUUGGAAGGAGAGAUCUCACGUCAGUCCAUCCUCAAUAGCCUGUCCCGUGGCAAAAAGGCAUCUGGAGACCUCAUUCCCUGGACCGUAUCAGAGCAGUUUCAAGAUCCAGAUUUUGGCAGUCUCUCGGGAGGCAGAGUGGUGCGGAUCGCCGUGAACCCUGACUAUCAGGGGAUGGGCUACGGCUCCCGUGCUCUGCAGCUCCUGCAGCAGUAUUACGAGGGACAGUUCCCCCUCCUGGAUGACGAAGAGCAGACAACUGCCACUGCGAUUACCCCUGUCAGCAGUGAGGCUGUCAGUCUGCUGGAGGAGGUGGUGUCACCCAGGAAGAACUUACCCCCUUUGCUCCUGAAGCUGAGUGAGAGGAGAGCAGAAAGACUGGACUAUCUGGGUGUGUCCUAUGGCCUCACGCCUCAAUUGCUCAAGUUCUGGAAAAAAGCUGGCUUUGUUCCAGUUUACCUAAGACAGACCCCAAAUGACCUGACAGGGGAGCACUCCUGUGUGAUGCUGAAAGCUCUGAACACAGAUGAGGCAUCAGAUCAGGGCCACUGGCUGUCUGCUUUCUGGAAGGAUUUCCGACGGCGGUUCCUCGCGCUUCUCUCUUACCAGUUCAGCAGUUUCUCACCAACCUUGGCUCUCAAUAUUCUCCAGAACAAGAACACCAAGGAUGACAGCCAACCCAUGCUGAGCAGUGCAGAGUUAGCUGCCCAGUUCAGCCCAUAUGACCUGAAGCGUCUGGAGAUGUACUCCAGAAACAUGGUGGACUACCACCUCAUUAUGGACAUGAUCCCAGCCAUCGCUCGCAUGUUUUUCCUUAGACACCUGGGAGACAUCUCGCUCUCCACCGCACAGUGUGCUCUGUUGCUGGGGAUCGGAUUGCAGCAUAAAACUGUAGAGGUUCUGGAGAAGGAGAUUGAUCUUCCCAGUUCUCAGAUUAUGGGCCUGUUUAACCGCCUCAUCCGCAAGGUUGUGCAGUUCUUCAGCAGCAUCCAGGAAAAGGCAGUGGAGGCAGAGAUGGUGACCUCUAAAGACAUAAUCAUGGAGCCCACAGCCCGCUCUCUAAAUGAAGACCUGGCUGAGGCAGCCAAGGAGUACCAGGAGAAACAAAAACAGGACCUGGAGAAAAUAAAGGACAUGGACCUUUCCCAGUACAUGAUCCGAGGUGAUGAUGAAGAGUGGGACCAGGUGCUGAAGAAAGCUGGUCACACAGCCGUCGUCAGCAUAAAGAGUGACAAGAAGAGAAAACCAGAAGACGCCAAGCCAAAGGACAACUGGCAGGCCAAGAAACUGAAGAAGAAUAAGGACAAAAGGGCAAAAUUUGGCAAAAAGUUGUGACAGAGCAUGAACUUUGCCUUGAAUCUCUAAUGGCAUGGAAACAGAGUUAGCUGUUUCACUUUUGGCCCGCUUAGAGAUCUUGAGGCUUGUUGGAGCCAAAAGAUUCUUAGUACUCGUCAAAUAUUGAUGUGGAAAAGAAAAUAUGGACUUUGACAACUUCUCACUGAAUGAAGAUCUCACAAAUGCAGAAAUGAUUUCAACUAUUUUUUUAUACAUACAUUUCUCCCCCCUUUUAUAAAGCUCAAGUUUUAACGCUACGGGCGAGCAGACAAAUUGACAUAACUUAAUGAGUGUGUGUAUUGUCUUUUCUCUGUUUGGUAAUAUUUGUCCUGCUCUUCGUCUAGACUGAGUGAAUAUUGACGUUUGUUUGUCCGUUUAGACCUCUUGGUUUGGCGGUAUUGUUUGUGACUGAUUCUCUCUGCAGUAACUGCAGAAUGUGGUAACGCAUGAUCCAGCUGUGUGCUGGGACUCCUUUUUCUGCUUUAUUAAUGUACUAUAUUACCAGUUACACACACACUGUAGUGAACAGACCAUUUCUCUAAGCUGAGCAGCUCUGUCAUGAUGCCAACUGUAUCUCCAAUGUUAAUGCACAUUUGUCAUUCUGUUCUGAAAAUCAAAAUAUGCAGUUUAUAAUAAAGGUUAUUGUUCCUUG